UGAAGCAGAUUGCAUGAAACACGUUUCCUGUAACUUGUUUCACGAAACGCGUUUCUCCGGUGUGCAUCCCGCCUAAGAACUGGGCACAUAAUUUCAUACUCAUCUGGACUAUUAUUAAAAUUAUAAAUUUUGUUUCUGAUGUUUUUCAGUCCGCAUGUUACGAGAAGAGUUGCAACUCCUCCAAGAGCAAGGCUCCUACGUGGGUGAGGUUGUCAAACCCAUGGACAAGAAGAAGGUGCUGGUCAAAGUGCAUCCUGAGGGCAAAUUCGUGGUCGAUGUCGAUAAGAAUAUCGACAUCAAUGACGUCACACCCAACUCUCGUGUCGCGCUGAGAAACGAGAGCUACACACUGCACAAGAUACUGCCCAAUAAGGUAGACCCCCUUGUCUCGCUGAUGAUGGUGGAAAAAGUGCCCGACUCGACGUACGAGAUGGUGGGAGGACUCGACAAGCAGAUCAAGGAGAUCAAAGAGGUGAUCGAGCUGCCUGUCAAACAUCCGGAGCUGUUCGAUGUCCUAGGAAUUGCUCAGCCCAAGGGUGUGCUGUUGUAUGGACCCCCUGGAACCGGUAAAACACUGUUAGCCAGGGCCGUCGCCCACCACACAGAGUGUACCUUCAUCCGUGUCUCGGGAUCCGAGCUGGUGCAGAAGUUCAUAGGAGAGGGAUCCCGUAUGGUGCGGGAGCUAUUCGUUAUGGCCAGGGAGCACGCACCGUCGAUCAUCUUCAUGGACGAGAUCGAUUCAAUCGGCUCCUCGCGUAUUGAGUCAGCUAGCGGCAGUGACUCCGAGGUGCAGCGAACUAUGUUAGAACUGCUGAAUCAGCUGGACGGCUUCGAGGCCACCAAAAACAUCAAGGUGAUAAUGGCAACGAACCGCAUCGACAUCUUGGAUCCGGCUCUGUUGCGUCCCGGCCGUAUUGACCGCAAGAUCGAGUUUCCCCCUCCCAAUGAGGAGGCGCGUCUCGACAUUCUGCGCAUCCAUUCGCGCAAGAUGAACCUCACCAGAGGCAUCAACCUCAGGAAGAUCGCCGAGCUCAUGCCGGGGGCAUCUGGGGCUGAAGUCAAGGGAGUGUGUACCGAAGCCGGUAUGUACGCUCUGAGAGAGAGGAGAGUCCAUGUGACUCAGGAGGACUUCGAAAUGGCGGUCGCUAAAGUCAUGCAGAAGGACUCUGAGAAGAAUAUGUCUAUCAAGAAAUUGUGGAAGUAAAUGUGCGUUUAUUUCAAAUUAUUGUAUUGCUAAUAAACAUUGGUCAACUAAGUUCUCAAU